GCGAAACGAUGUGAAGGGUAUGAAUAUGGGUGCGUGAGAUUGAACAUAUACCUAUGUCUACCUAGGAUUUUAAUCGACUUUCUUCUUUUGAUAUAAUGAACGUGGUACAUGCGUUUUGCUGGACUAGAAAACUUAACUGAACUUCUGAGAAACUUUGCAGCAUUCGGCCCAAAUUAUGAUGGAGACAGAGUAUUCCAAGAGAGUAUACCAAGGUGUAAGAGUCAAGCAUACUGUCAAAGACCUUCUAGCAGAAAAGCGAUUAAGACAAACAACUGCACCCAGAUUCAGUACAAGCGGCAGUUCAUCCCAGACAGCUUUUGUGCCUAUGCCUGGAUCUCAUGUGCUUCCUGGUUACUACAGUAUGAGAAGACCCUUCCUCCAAGACUCAGAGUUCUGCCAUCCCAUGAAGCAGUACUCUCCGGAUACGUAUUCUUCAGCGCUGGGAAGCAAGGGUUUUACGUAUGACCACCCCUCCAGUUACCCCCCUUUUAUUGACAGCUACUACAACCCUGACUCCUAUGGAGAUUACAGAGGGCCAACUUCAUAUGCCACUACUGGAGGGGCACUGUUUCCACCAUCUACACUACCAACACUACUGCCAUCUCUAACUGGAGAGGCCUCGUCACACUUACUCUUGAGAGACCCCUGGGGUCAGCCAUCUGAGGACCCAGUCAAUCAACCAGAAGUCAUUUGUCCUGAGGGCCCAACCCCAGUGCCAGACUCACCGUCUCUGGGAGGGCCUGACUCUGGCGGUUCCUCGCCGUACCGUCUAUCUUCAGGCCGCAGCGGGAGCUCAAUCCCAUCCAGCUCUCAGCAUUACACUCUGCAGCCUCUGGAAGACGUUCCCUACUCAGCUGCUUCCUACACCUCUGCCACCAGCUACUCCUGCCCACCAUACAUGACAACACCGGGUGAUCUGGCUGUGGUGAAGAUGACACCUGUCUCCUCAGAGGAGGCUAGCGGUGGAGAAGUGUCUCUCAGUGACACAACAUCCUGGGCAAAAGAUGAUGGAACCGGCACCUGGUUGUCAUAUGAGACAAGGAGGGCUUUUUGAGACGCAGAAGUGUCAAAACAAAAGCAUUUUACAUGGACUGUGGACUGUUCAAUUGUGAUUAUGCAGCCUCUGUGGAGACAAUAAGGAGAUGAUAGCCAUGAAUAUAACAUAAUAUAGUGGUAUAUGUGUGUUGUUGUAUGACAAUAUGUUUAUUUCUCAUGGUAUAGAUGACCUCCUUAAGAAAUUUUGAAGUCACAAACAAAUUUUUUGUAAACUCUUUAUAUGGCACGAAGAUAAAACAAAGAUAUGUGCAGAUAGUUCAGUUCAUGCUUUAAACUUAUACAUAUUUACAUAUCCAAUUUGAAAUGAAUUGGAAAGAAUGCACUUAUUUUUCUGUCUUUCGUUUAUGAUCAAUUGUAACACCAAUCCUUAAAGUAAAUUAACUUAAAUCAAACAGUACCAAAGAACACUUUUGAGAGGAUGUGUAAUGGAAACGAUGGCUAGCAAGUAACGUUUUUAAACAACGCGUAUGUUAGAUUAGUCUGUUGU